AUGGUUAAAUCACUUGAUAUUCCCUCGAUUAAACCCGUUAUUUUAUGGUUUAUUGCAUUGCUUUUACUUUGGAUCAUGUUUUCAUCAUGCAACUUUGAUGAGUUCGAAUAUAAACAAUACUUUAAAUACUUUACAACGCUAGAUUUACAAGACCCAUUUACAAUUAUCAAACCCAAAAUUUCAUCGAUAACGUCACCUGCCAAAAUAUCCUUAGACUCGUCAUUCCUUCGACCUUACAAAAAGCGCAGUUUAAAAAAUUCACAACCCACGACAUCCGAUGGUAAUAGGCUUAAAGGUCCCAGAAUAGAUAUUGUUCAACAAGAAGAAACAUCCCAAUCAUUAGAACAUGAGAUUCACAAACAUUACGAGGAAGAAUCUGAUGACUGGUGGGAAGUCUAUCGAACUUACGAGUAUGAAACCGCUGAUUCAUUAGAUGAUCUUCAGCAUGCUGAAGAAUUAAACCAAGAUACAGCAUCUCAAAAUGUUUUCAGCGCUGAUGGUGUUAACAAACUUGCGCAGAGUAAUGUAAAUGCUAAUGCGAGUAGUGUGGCAGUGGCUGAGUCUCAACAACAUCAACAAGAAGAUUUGAUUGCUGUUAAGCAAUAUCAAAAGAUUCAUGUUAUACAAGUAUCAGCAGCUGGGUUAAUGAUUGAUGAAUACGAAGAAGAAAGACUAGCAGAUUAUCAAUAUCAGUUGGAGGUAGAUAAUUUUAAUCAAUGGGAAUAUCAGAGCGAACAAGAAAACCAGCAGUCAAAUAAUUUUGCUGUUGAAUGA